AUGUCUGUUGCUACUACACAAACUGCCGCUGUGGUCUGUCAGAGCGGUGCUCAUGACGCUUCCAAUGUCCGCAUCAGUAGCACCCACCCAGUGCCAGUGCCAGCCGAGGGGGAGGUUCUUAUCAAGUUGGAGUACUCGGGUGUUUGUCAUUCAGAUUUGCACAGUAUUCGUGGCGACACGCCCAUGACAACGGAUGUUGCCGGUCAUGAGGGUAUCGGGAAGGUCGUUCAAGGUGGGCAAUUGCUAUCUCUGACAACUGAAAUGUCGACACGGUCUUACUCCUCCAGUCGGGGGUGGCUCUGGAGCUCGUGUCUCGAGUGCGAGAUAUGUGCCAUCAACCAUACGGCAUGCCCUCAUCAGAGAAAUGCCGGCGCCAAUGUUCCUGGGACUUUCCAACAAUACGUUGUCAGCCCCGCAGCUCAUGUUACCAAAAUUCCUACAGGGCUGGACCCAGCAAUGACUGCUCCUCUUUUGUGCGCCGGUAUCGCUAUGUACUCAUCCAUCAAGAAAACGAAAGCUCGCUCGGGAGACUGGCUUGCUAUCAUUGGCGCUGGUGGCGGCCUAGGUCAUAUGGGAAUCCAGAUUGCUUCUGCCCAGGGCAUCAAAGUGCUUGCAAUCGAUAGUGGAGAAAAGAAAAAGGACCUAUGCCUUUCUCUGGGGGCUACCGAGUUCUUGGACUAUAAAGCAGUCGAUGUUGUGAGUGCUGCCAAAUCCUGUACUUCUGGCUACGGUGUACAUGCUGUGGUGUGUACGGCAAAUGGUGAGAAAGCCUACGAGCAGAGCAUGCAUAUGCUCCGCCCUCUUGGGACUUUGGUCUGCGUUGGGAUUCCGAACCUGCCAUUCCGCUUACCAGCUACACCAUUUGAUAUGAUCGUCAGAGGCAAGCACCCCGUAGAGCUAACUCAUCUCAUAGGUCUUACCAUUGUUGGUAACUCUGCUGGCACCGCUCAGGAGAUGAAUGAAUUAUUGGAAAUGGCUGUGGCCGAUAAGGUGAAGGCACACGUUGAGGUAUAUGACCUGCAGGCCAUUGGCGACGUUCUCCACAAGCUUGAAAGUGCGGAGAUCGAAGGGAGGGCCGUGCUACAAAUCCCUUAG